UGAGAAAGGAAAUAUCAAGAGAAGAGGUUGUAAGAAAAAUAUCUAAUGCAAAUCCUGUUUCAAAUGAUGAUUGAUAUUUAGAUUCAUAUGCAAACAAAUCUUGUUUGGUCGGUUAUUUGGUCUGAUCUGGUCUGGGACAUUCACGUCGUGAAGAACAGUGGAUGGAUAUCAUACCAGAGCACAUAGUAUGGGAGAUAUUGAGUAGAAUGAAGAAAACAAAUGACAGAAACGCUGUUUCUCUUGUUUGUAAGCGUCUUUUUUACUUGGACAAUGCACAGAGGCAAUGCAUAAAGGUUGGGUGUGGUAUGGAUCCUGCAGAUGAAGCUUUAACGUGUCUGUGCAUAAGGUUUCAGAACUUGUCCAAGGUGGAGAUUACAUACUCUGGAUGGAUGUCCAAACUGGGAAAACAAUUAGAUGAUAAGGGUCUUCUGAUUCUUGCAAAACACUGUCCUCUGCUCAGUGAUCUCUCCCUCAGCUACUGCACAUUCAUCACUGAUGUUGGUCUCCGUUACUUGGCUUCAUCUUCCAAGCUCUCAUCUCUGAGGUUGAAUUUCACUCCAAGGAUCACUGGCUGUGGCAUUCUCUCUCUUGUUGUGGGUUGCAAGAACCUCUCAAGGCUUCACCUUAUAAGAUGUCUCAAUGUGAGUAGUGUGGAGUGGCUUGAAUACCUUGGCAAGCUUGGAACAUUGGAGGAUCUCUCCAUCAAGAAUUGCCGGGCCAUUGGUGAAGGGGACUUGAUUAAGCUUGGACAUGGUUGGCAGAAACUCAGAAGGUUGCAGUUUGAAGUGGAUGCUAAUUACCGAUACAUGAAGGUCUAUGAUCGGUUGUCUGUGGAUAGGUGGCAAAAACAGCAUGUGCCUUGUGAGAAUAUGCUUGAACUUAGCUUGGUGAAUUGCAUCAUCAGCCCUGGGAGAGGACUGGCUUGCGUGUUGACAAAGUGCAAGAACUUGCAGAAAAUUCAUCUGGACAUGUGUGUUGGUGUGAGAGACUUUGACAUCAUUUGUUUGUCCGAAAGAUCAAGUGACCUUAAAUCGGUUUCAUUUAGAGUUCCAUCGGAUUUUUCGCUUCCCUCAUUGGUGAACAAUCCAUUGAGAUUGACAGAUGAGAGUCUGAAAGCCUUGGCUCAAAACUGCUCCAAGCUUGAAUCAGUGAGGAUAUCUUUUUCUGAUGGGGAGUUUCCUUCAUCAUCCUCGUUCACAUUGAGUGGAAUACUAUGUUUGAUUAAUAAAUGUCCUGUUCGACAGCUUGCACUAGAUCAUGUUUAUUCCUUCAAUGAUGUUGGAAUGGAAGCCCUUUGCGCUGCAGAAUAUCUUGAAACUCUUGAACUUGUAAGGUGCCAAGAAAUCAGUGAUGAAGGACUACAGCUUGUGAGCCAGUUUCCCAGAUUGUGCAUUUUGCGGUUAAGCAAAUGUUUGGGGAUCUCUGAUGAUGGAUUAAAGCCACUUAUUGGAUCUUUGAAGUUGGAUUUCUUGGCCAUCGAAGAUUGUCCUCAAAUUUCUGAAAGGGGUGUUCAAGGUGCUGCAAAGUCUGUGUCUUUCAGACAAGACUUAUCAUGGAUGUACUGAAGCUGUUGAGGUUUAAGGAAUCUUAGCUAUCUUCAAUGCUACUCUAUACCUAUGUGUCGUGUAUCAAAAUCAUAGUGUCACACAUAUAUAAGAUUAUUCUGUUGUAUUUAUUUUGUACAGGAAUUGAUCAAAUAGUAUUUCCUGCAGUAUAUGGUUUAUAUCAUGUAAGCAAUACUUCCUACAUUUAUGAAAUUGGAUUUUUUUUGUAAA